ACUGAGUAACAAGCCACAUCUACAGUAAUAGCAAUGGGUUUCUUCAACGUAGUAGUUUUAGCCUUGACCGCCAUUUUUAGUCAGACAAACGCCCAAUUUGGGAUGAAUUUAGGUAGACUACCGUUUGGAACCAAUUUCUUAGGAGGAAGCCAAGGAGGACGAACACCAGCUAUGGGACUUUUGGGAUCAUCUAUGAUGGGUGGUAAUCCAGGAAGAGAAUUAUUAACUUGUAUUGGAUCAACUGCAUCUGAGGAUUCUUUGAGGGUAACCUUCGAAAAAACACCAAAUAGAUUCAACCGCAACCAACUCGAGAUGAGCGCCAAGAUUUCUGCUGGUAUGAAUUCACAGAUGCAAGGAACCUUCCAACUCGUCGUAACUGAAUUUGGACAUAUUGAAGGUUACUGUGAUGCCAACAGCCUUGGACCAAUCAUGAACAGCCAAAGUCAGACACCAGCCCCAUUAAUGGCUCUCAAUUUCUGGAGAGGUACCGGAAGUGGAAACCGAGUCGUUGGAAUCAUUGGUGAUAGAUUCGACAUCUUUGCCCAAAACACUGUCUCUAUUAAAGACACCAUCACCACUUUACCAGUUAACAACCUUCCAGGCUCCGGAAUUGCUUUGUGUGCUGCCAAUGAAAUCUUAGGCAACCAAUGUAUGAACACUAUUCCACUCUGCUGUACCAUCACUAAAGAUAACAUGCCAGCUGAUUCUAUCAGACAAGGAAGUGGUUUGAUGCAAGGAGCUGGUAUGGGUGGUAUGGGACAAGGAAACAACUUCUCACCAAUGGGAUCUAUGGGAGCUAUGGGAUCUAUGGGAUCUAUGGGACCAAUGGGAUCUAUGGGAUCUAUGGGAUCAAUCGGACCUAUGGGAGGAAAUAUGGGAGCUCAACAACCAGUAUUAGGAGGUCAAGCUCAAGCUCAACAAGGACCAGGAUCAAUGAUCUUCCCUGGUAAUGGACGAUAAACUAUGAAGAUAGUCAUGAAGAUGCAAGCUCACAACAAUAAAAACGAAUGUUUCAAACUAUAGACGACAAAAAUGCAUUUUGUUUUCAUACUUUUGUCAGUCAGAGAGUCAAGUAUACAAAUAUAUUGGGGAUUUCGUCUACUAUUUUGUGAUUUAUAUUUGUACUGUAUAUACAGUUUCUUAGAGCUUCAAAAUACUUUAUACUUUCGCGCAUGGAAUGACAUUACUUUAAAGACUGUUUACAAGAAUCUUUGUCAACAAAAUUUACUGCUCUUAUAAGAACUAUAAAACGAUUAUUUUUGAAACAACAUUAAUUGUUCCUAAAUUGAUUAAACACAAAGGAACUUUUUAUGAAAAAAUCAAUCUAUUUUUAUAAGAACUAUUUAAGAGAGAAAAUUUACUUUUUUUUAAAACUGCAAGAAUCAAAUAUUCUUUUUAAAGGAAUUAAAUAUUUCAAACUAAAAAAAAUAUUGUUCACUAUUUUGCGGUAGAAAAUUUGACAAUAUUUUAAAUCAAACGUCAAACUGAAAGGAAAUUAAAUUAGCUACUCUUUUGUUUUUUUAAAAAAAAUUUUGAAUCCAGAUUCACUUUAUGCUUGAAAUGAAAUAGAAUCCAUUCGUUAACAGGAUAAAAAAUAUCAUUGUUUUAAAAACAAAUUUACUAUAGUUGAAAUGAAAAAUAAAAGUUCGUUGACUACCUUGAACUAAAAUGACAUAAGACUUGUUUACUAUAUAGACAAUAUUUUUUGUAUCCAAAUUAAAAAAAAAUGAAAUGAAAUAAAUUCACUUGCUGACUUUUUGUAUUAUAGAAAAACAAAUUCCGAAUCCAAAUUUACUAUUUUUGAAAUAAAAUAAAAUGUACAUGAUUACUAUUUACAACAGAAAAAAAAUAUAUUUUUUAAUCCAACUUUAUUAUAUUGAAAUAGUAAAAUUUAAUUGUUUUGACAACGAAAUUUGCUAUUAGUAAAGGAUAAUUUACCAUUUCAAUAGAUAUUCGCAAACGAGAUUAUUUUUUGUAACAUCAUUUUCUCGAAAUUUUCAUCAAUAUUUUUAUUAUUUACCACAUUGAUCAGAAAACUAAUAUUUUUAAAGAAAACUUAACCUUUCGUAAAGAGCAGUUGCAUCAUUUGGGAAAUUAUGUCAACAUAUAGGUUAACUUUCGCCUACUUUAUCUAAAACGUUUAUUCAUGAAAUGUUUAUUUUUUUGGUAUUUGAGAAAUAGAAGAUUUUUGAAAUUUAAUGGGAAUGAAAAUUUAAUCAAAAGGGGGGCAGUUAUUCCUCGAAUGGGUCAACAAUAUAUAUUUUUUAAAGCAUUAUGUGAAAUCAGACAAUGUAUUUUUUAGUAGUAAUUUUGAAAUUCUUAGUUAUGUUUUAAUUUAUGUAUAUUUUACUGAAUAUGGAACUAAAUUGUGAUAUUGAAUUGUGAAUAUUGUGUACAUGUAUCAUCUCUGAAAAAUAAAAAAAAUAUAUUGAACUCU